AUGACCUCCAUCCCGAGGCAGGAGCUGCACGCUCUGGUCAAACUGGUAAACAGUAACCAGUUGCUUAAUCGCCAGCUUUCCAGCAUUUGCCAGCUGAACGGUCUCACUAGCAGUGGCGUCAAGGCGUCGCUGCAGAGUCGCAUCGUGAAUGCUAUUCAAGACGCCUACAAUAACAACGAUGUGACUCGCUUCCAGCAAAUCCAACGAAGUAUCGAGACCGCAAGAACCGGCGCUUCCUCUUCGCCCGCCUCCCAUAAACAGAGUCGCCCCGCCGCAGCGACUACGCCCGUACCUAUGGUGCGACAGGAUCAAUAUUGGGGGAACUCGCGCACCGCUCGCCCCAGCGGUCCGAAUGGCCACGCUCUACCCAGCUACGGAUCGAGUGGACCAUCAUUCAGGAAUAGUCCGUUUUACGAGAUACAGUUCCGGGUGGGAGAGGUUCGGACUUGCGAAGCAAUGAGCCAGCACAGAAACAUGGUCUCCAUCCCGGUUAAAGUCAGCGAGAACCCAGGAGUUAGCAAAGUUCUCGAGGACAAGUCACUGCGCAUUAUGGUGUUCUGCGCUGGAGACAAUAGCGGUACCCAAGACAUUUCCUUUCCCCACCAGUCGGAAAUCAAGAUCAACGGGAAUGAGGUCAAGGCCAACCUCAGGGGCUUGAAGAACAAGCCGGGUUCGACGAGACCAGUCGAUAUUACGAGCUACCUGCGUCUGAAAAAUGACAACCGGAAUCUCGUUGAGUUCACUUAUGCGCUGACUCAAAAGAAAUUCUAUCUCGUUCUCUACGCUUGCAAGAUCACGUCGGCCCAGGAAUUGGCCGAGAAGAUCAAGCUGGGAAAGAAGAUUCCAAAGUACAAGGUUAUUGAAGAGAUCAGCAAAAAGGCGGCGGAUACAGAUAUCGUAACCACGUCACAAGUCCUGUCCCUCAAAUGCCCUCUCUCAUAUAUGCGUCUCGAUGUCCCGUGCCGCUCCGUCAACUGCUCACACAUACAAUGUUUUGAUGCAACAUCGUAUCUCCAGCUGCAGGAGCAAGGCCCCCAGUGGCUCUGUCCUAUUUGCAACAAGUCUGCACCAUUUGAGCAGCUGGCCGUUGACGAAGACAUCCUGGCAAACACGUCGAAGUCUCUCGAUCAGGUCACGAUCGAGCCUGACGGACAGUGGCGAGUGAAUUCUGCGCAAGAUGAGAACAAGCCAACCAAUGGCGGGAGCGGCCUGGUUGACGAUGAUGAUGAUGACGAUGAUUGGGGAAUCGUUGAAGUCAACCCCAUCCGCAGCCGCAACUUCGAAACGCCCAAUCGCUCGGUGGCCAGCACGGCCACUCCUACCACAACAGUGAUGUCGCGAGAAAGCUCGACAAUGCCGCGAGGCGUGGCCACAACGAGCGGCAAGCGACUUCAUUCGGAAAGGGUGACAAUAGACUUGACCCUAUCUGACGACGACGAACCCGCUGCCCCACCUCCAAAGCGGCAACAGUUGCAAGAGCCGGGGGUGAACAGUUACACCAACGGCUACAGCAGUGGUCUGCCGUACUAG